GUGGUCCCGCCAGUCGCCGCAAUGCAGUCAACCCAGGCCCGGCUUCACCGCAGGGAGGCGGGGCGGGCGCGGGGCGGGGGCCAGGGCCGGGCCGGUGGGCGCGUUCGAGGAGGGGCAGAGUUGCCGUGCAGCAGGCCGUGGCUGACGCGGGGCUCCUGGGAGGAGCUCCGAGCGGAGCGCUUCCGCCCUCCGGGACCAGGCCGCUGGCCUCUCAAACCCCGGGCAGCCCUGCGGCGCACACAGACUGCGACGCUCCUGCUACUGCCUGGCGUCUGCGCGUGCGCGUCUCCGCGCGGUCGGAACCUGCGCAGGCGUCGUCCAAAGCUUCCGAUCCCGAGGCGCUGGGCCGAGUCCUGCCGCUGCGAACCGCGGGCGUGCGCUGGCGGAGGUUGGGGCGACUGAGGAAAGUGACUACAUCUGAAAGCCUGGGGCUUGCUACACCAAAUACUUCUUUGCCCAGGAUUAACAGCAGACCUUCCUCUUGACAGGAUUCAGAAAAAAAAAAUCACCUUCCAAAAACAUGGCAGUUAGGUAAGAAAGUGCUGAUUGUCUAUGCGCACCAAGAACCCAGGUCUUUCAAUGGAUCCUUGAAGAAAGUGGCUGUGGAUGAACUGAGCAAGCAGGGCUGCACUGUCAUCGUUUCUGAUCUAUACGCCAUGGACUUUGAACCGAGAGCCACAAGGAAAGACAUCACUGGUGCUCUCUCUAAUCCCGAGGUCUUCAGUUAUGGGGUGGAAGCGUAUGAAGCCUUCAAAAAGAGGUCUCUGACCAGUGACAUAAUUGACGAGCAGAAAAAGGUUCAGGAAGCUGAUCUAGUGAUAUUUCAGUUCCCGCUCUACUGGUUCAGCACGCCGGCCAUCCUGAAGGGCUGGAUGGACAGGGUGCUGUGCCAGGGCUUUGCCUUCGACCUCCCAGGAUUCUAUGAUUCCGGUUUUCUCAAGGAUAAAUUGGCCCUCCUUUCGAUAACCACCGGGGGCACGGCUGAAAUGUACUCGAAAACUGGAAUCAGUGGAGAUUUUAGAUACUUCCUGUGGCCCCUCCAGCAUGGUGCAUUGCACUUCUGUGGGUUUAAAGUCCUCGCCCCUCAGAUCAGUUUUGCUCCUGAGUUGGCAUCAGAAGAAGAAAGAAAAGGGAUGGUGGCAUCCUGGGCGCAGAGGCUGAAAACCAUCUGGACAGAAGAGCCCAUCCACUGCACACCUCCUUGGUACUUCGGGCAGUAACACUUUGUUCCAUGUGCACAUCACAUGAGCAAUACACUAGGAGAUGAAGCUGUAAUAAAAUGGAAAUACAACAGAGUUAACUGGAUUUAUUUAAUGAUGCAUUUCACUUCAGGGUUUUAUACAGCCAGAU